GUGUCGGCCUGAGUUCCCAGAUUUCUCACAACUGGUUCCUCCCAAGAACUACUCGCGACAGUUACAAUGAAAGUGGCAGUUUUUGUGAUUUUAGUGCUUUCUGCGCUUCUGGAAAAGAGUGAAGCGAAGAAGUUUACAAAGUGCGAACUCCUACCUAUUCUCCUGGACGAAGGAUUUCCUCUGGAACAGAUCCCUGACUGGUAUUGUCUCAUUCAGUCCGAGAGCAGUUUCAACAGUUCAGCCGUCGGAGGACCAAAUUCCAAUGGAUCAUUCGACUGGGGACUCUUUCAGAUCAACGAGAACUUUUGGUGUGGAGUUGGAAAGGCUGACCACGAUUGUAACAUAGAUUGCUACGAUCUCGUGGAUGAUGACUUAAGUGACGACUUAGAGUGCGUGAAGAAGAUCUAUGCUCGCCAUGGCUUUUCAGCCUGGAACGGCUGGAAGAAAUGGUGCCAGGGAACUCUGCCCGGAAUCCCCGUUGAGUGCCUCCCCUACGGUGGACGCCCCCUCAAUCCCAUUGACAGUGAAAACAGCCCAUCUUCAUCAUAGCUUUCAAUAAUAUUUUAUAUAUUAUUUUUUUGUUACAUUCAUUAUGUAUGUAAUGUAAAGAAUUUACAAUAUGGAUUCAUUAGUAAAACUGAGAAAAUUAUUCCAUCCUCUUUCGUUUUCUUUCAACACCUUUGAAAUGAUCUUCGCAAGAUUCCUCAGCCUAUUUCUCCAAUUUUUUUUUCACCUAUUAUCAAUACCUCCUUUCCUUGGAUCUUCAUUUUCAAAACAAAAAUUUGCAAAUUUUGAUGUGAAAUUCUUUUUGUUUUCCCUUCUCAUUUGGAAGAUUUUAUUUUACAUUCACAAAAUAAUAAAUUCUUGUGGUUUUUUUUUUAAUUUCUUGUUUUUUAUUCUUUACGUUUCAACAACAAUUAAUAUUGCUCAUUGCAGUGUUUUGUGUGAUUUUUUUCUUUGCUUCAAAAAAAUUAAUUAUGCUGCUUUUUGGUAAGUAAUUUUUUGUCUUUGAAUGCAUAAACAGAAAAAAUCGAAAUUUUCCAUUUUUUAAUUGGUAAAAAUAACAAAUUUCAAAAUAAAAUUCUCUCGUAAAAUGGUUGAAACUCAAUUGUUCAGCAUUUUCAGAUUAUUUUCAGAUAUUUUCUUGGUUGAUUUUUCUUUUAUCUUUUUUUUUUUGUUUUAGCAGAAGCCUAAAAUUUAUUACAAUUAAUUACAUUAUGUUAUGUAUAUGACUUAGUUUGCUCUCUUGCGUUUCUAUUUCUUCGCUCAACAUUAAUCUUUCUCGAAAAUCAAAAAUUUUCGUAGCUUCAAUUUUCCAUCUCACAGAAAAUUUGUCUUUCAACAGAAAAUCGUGGCAUCUUGAAUUAUUUAUUUUCCAAAGCAAGUUGCUCACGUGAAUAAAACACAAAAUUAUGAUUCUUUUGCAGUGUUAACUUAUGCCACCGACAAUUGGCAAAAAGAGAAGGUAAAAUAAAUGAUUAUUUUCAUGAGUUUUUAUGGUGGUUUGUUAAA